GCGGCCCGGCGGGCACGUGGCGCGCGCUGGAGCGCAGCCGUUCAAAGCCCGGUCGUGCGGCGCCGGGUGCGGCGCGGGCGCUGGAGGGUCCCGGUCCCGGGGAUGCGCGCCCAGCGCCGGAGCCAGGCUGGCACCGCUCGCUGAGAGAGCCCGCGGCCGGGCUGGUGGCGGGGACGGGUGCCCGCCCCGACUGUGAGCGACGCGUCUGUUCUUUUUCUCUUUGUGCCAAGGCUUCGCUCCGCAGCCGCGAUGCAGAGGGCGGCGGCGCUGGUCCGGCGGGGCUGCAGCCCCCGAACCCCGGGCCCCUGGGGCCGCAGCCGGAGCAGCGCGGCCGCCGAGGCCCCGGCCGUGCUCAAGGUGCGGCCCGAGCGCGGCCGGCGCGAGCGCAUCCUCACGCUCGAGUCCAUGAACCCGCAGGUGAAGGCGGUGGAGUACGCGGUGCGGGGACCCAUCGUGCUCAAGGCCGGCGAGAUCGAGCUGGAGCUGCAGCGGGGUAUCAAAAAACCAUUCACUGAGGUCAUCCGAGCCAACAUCGGGGACGCCCAGGCCAUGGGCCAGCAGCCAAUCACCUUCCUUCGACAGGUGAUGGCGCUCUGCACCUACCCAAACCUGCUGGACAGCCCCAGCUUCCCGGAAGAUGCUAAGAAACGAGCCCGGCGGAUCCUACAGGCUUGUGGCGGGAACAGCCUGGGGUCUUACAGUGCUAGCCAGGGUGUCAACUGCAUCCGUGAAGAUGUGGCGGCCUACAUCACCAGGCGAGAUGGUGGCGUGCCUGCGGACCCAGACAACAUUUACCUGACAACCGGGGCUAGCGAUGGCAUUACUACGAUUCUGAAGAUCCUCGUCUCCGGGGAUGGCAAGUCACGGACAGGCGUGAUGAUCUCCGUCCCCCAGUACCCCCUCUACUCCGCGGUCAUCUCUGAGCUCGACGCCAUCCAGGUGAACUACUACCUGGACGAGGAGAACUGCUGGGCCCUGAACGUGAACGAGCUCCGGCGGGCAGUUCGGGAGGCCAAAGACCACUGUGACCCCAAGGUGCUCUGCAUCAUCAACCCUGGAAACCCCACAGGCCAGGUACAAAGCAGAAAGUGCAUAGAAGAUGUGAUUCACUUUGCCUGGGAAGAGAAGCUCUUUCUCCUGGCUGAUGAGGUAUACCAGGACAACGUGUACUCUCCAGACUGCAGAUUCCACUCCUUUAAGAAGGUGCUCUACGAGAUGGGGCCCGAGUACUCCAGCAACGUGGAGCUGGCCUCCUUCCACUCCACCUCCAAGGGCUACAUGGGCGAGUGUGGCUACAGAGGGGGCUACAUGGAGGUGAUCAACCUGCACCCCGAGAUCAAGGGCCAGCUGGUGAAGCUGCUCUCAGUGCGUCUGUGUCCACCAGUGUCUGGACAGGCCGCCAUGGACAUUGUCGUGAACCCCCCAGUGCCAGGAGAGGAGUCCUUUGAGCAGUUCAGCAGGGAGAAGGAGUCGGUCCUGGGUGAUCUGGCCAGGAAAGCAAAGCUGACGGAAGACCUGUUCAACCAAGUCCCGGGGAUCCACUGCAACCCCUUGCAGGGGUCCAUGUACGCCUUUCCUCGAGUCUUCAUCCCUCCCAAGGCCGUGGAGGCGGCUCAGGCCCACAAAAUGGCCCCGGACAUGUUCUACUGCAUGAAGCUCCUGGAGGAGACUGGCAUCUGCGUCGUGCCUGGCAGUGGCUUCGGGCAGAGGGAAGGCACCUACCACUUCAGGAUGACCAUCCUUCCUCCCGUGGAGAAGCUGAAGACGGUGCUCCAGAAGGUGAAGGACUUUCACGUGAAGUUCUUGGAGAAGUACGCGUGAGGACGCCUCGGGUCUUCUCCCGCUGCCCACUCGGGCCAGGCUGGACUCGCCUCCCCCGUGACUCUGCCUUGGGCCUCACAGAGGCCACUGGUCACGCGCACCAUUGUUCUGCCCCAGGGGACUUCUUGCUUUGUGCCUUGACGUUGGGAGCACUUCUCUUCUGGGCAAGUGUGAAUGCGCGACGUUGCGGAGAUCCCGUUUUACUUGAUGCAGCCAAAGUAUUGGGAACUUGCUCAGCAGCUGUGGCCAGGGUUCUCUGAAUAUGUUACUGUUUUUGCUUUGGGAAAGUUCAUUUGGAGUUUUAACCAACCAGGGUGUAUUGGGUGAGAUGUUACAGAUCUGGAGAAAACAAUCAGGCGUUGGGAAAUGUAUGACUUAACCAUGGUGAGGACUGGAAACCCAAAACUCACCACCGUGAUCUGUGAAAUAAAGCCCUCAGCAGUAUGAAAA